AUGGCAAUCAAGUGCGGAGCGAUGGAGGUGCUGAUCCUGACCGCGCUCUCCUGGAUGUGCGUUUGGGCCGAGGAGAAGAUCAUCUUUGACAGGCACUCUGUCUAUUGGAACAGCUCCAACCCCAAGUUUUGGCAUGGUGAAUAUCGGGUGGCGGUGAACAUCAACGACUACCUGGACAUCUACUGCCCGUACUACGAGGGGCCGCCCAACCACGGCCGCAUGGAGCGCUACAUCUUAUUCAUGGUCAACCACGAGGGCUACACUUCCUGUCAGCACCGACUGCGUGGCUUCAAGCGCUGGGAGUGUAACCGACCCAGCGGAGCCGACGGACCUCUCAGAUUCUCCGAGAAGUUCCAGCUCUUCACGCCCUUCUCGCUCGGAUUCGAGUUCAGGCCCGGCCACGAAUACUACUACAUCUCGUCUCCUCACCCGAACCACGUGGGCCGAGCGUGUCUAAAGCUGAAGGUGUAUGUCAGACCUCCUGAUGGCUCAGGAUACGAUUCUCCAGAGCCCUUCCUGACCGACAGCGGUCCAAGCUGGAGACCCGUCUCCCCGGCCCCAGUAGCCACUCUGGCCUGGCUGUUGCUGGGACUCUUAUCCUGGCUGUGA